CACAAUCUCACGAGAAAAUAUGAGAUUUACCGAUUAUUGUUUACAUUGCACAAAAUGAGAACCGAAUCGAUUCUGAUUUCGCGAAUCUGAUUGGGGGAAUUAUUUUUUUCGUCUACAUCAACUAAUCUUUCUAAAAGGAGACGUUAGACUGGAACGGAAUUUAAAGAGCCAAUUUAUCAUUCCAGGACUUGAUCCCGGUUCGGUGCUGACCCAGAGCAGCGAAGACAAACAAGAGAAACAAAAUAUCUCAAAAACAACACCACAAUUAAAUAACUUCGAAGCGAAUCGAGUAAUGUUGGAUGGGAAAUCAUUAGGUGUGGAUCUGCAGCGAGGUUCCACAUGCCUCAGAUCUGGUAGAAAAUAGAUAUCGCAGAAGGCCAGCGGAGAAAGGCGGGUUCGGGAGAUCAAGGCCUCGAAGUUCUCGCAGUCCUCGGACUACAGUAGGACGCGGAGCUGGCGUCCCCUAGCGACACAGCAGGCACCGAGCGCAGGCGAGGUUCGCGGUUUCGGCUGAGGCCUAGCCCUGAGAUGUCGGGCUGAGACGGGAAGGGCGAGACGGGAGACCAGAGGAGGAGAACGGUCGAAGAAAGGAGAUCUAAUUAAUCGGCAAGCGGGAGAAAAUACCUCGAUAAAACAGCCAUGAUGGAGGAAUUGCACAGCUUGGAUCCUCGCAGGCAGGAGUUGCUGGAGGCCCGUUUCACAGGAGUCGGAGUUGCCAAGGGUUCUGGACACAACGAGUCAUCUAACCAGAGCUUGUGUAGCGUGGGCUCCCUCAGUGACAAAGAGCUGGAGACCCCAGAGAAGAAAUCUAAUGACCAGAGAACACGUAAAAGGAAAGGAGACCCCUUUGACAACCAGGGCAAAGGAGGAGGGAGAGGACACAAAAUUAGUGAUUAUUUUGAGUUUGCAGGGGGUAGUGGUACUGGUACCAGUCCAGCACGUGGCAUUCCUCCAGUGGUGCGGUCCUCUCCUCAGCACUCUCUCUCCAACCCUCCUGCUGCCGUGCAGCAAGGAAGCCCCUCCUCCAUCGGCUCAGUAACCACAGACCUCUCCCACUCCUCCUGUUCCCACAAGCCAGCCUCUACACAAACUCAGCACCGAGCCACACAGUCUGAGUUGACAAUGGAGAAGUUAGCAGCGCUGGAGAGCAGUAAGAGUUCAGAUCUGGAGAAGAAAGAGGGACGUAUUGACGACCUGCUCAGGGUGAACUGUGACCUUCGCAGACAAAUCGAUGAGCAGCAGAAGAUGCUGGAACGAUGUAAAGAACGACUCAAUAAAUGUGUGACCAUGAGUAAGAAACUGCUUAUCGAAAAGUCCAAACAGGAGAAAAUUGCUUGCAGAGAAAAGAGCAUGCAGGACCGGCUACGUCUGGGCCAUUUCACCACCGUACGGCACGGGGCCUCAUUUACUGAGCAGUGGACAGAUGGCUACGCCUUUCAGAAUCUAGUCAAACAACAGGAGAGAGUCAAUGGGCAGAGAGAGGACAUAGAGAGGCAGAGGAAACUGCUGAUGAAGAGGAAACCGCCCAACGCCAGUCAGACUCCUCCUCCCAACCUAGAACCCAACAAACGCAAGAGCAAGAGCAACGGCGCGGAGAACGAGAUGUUAUCUUUAGCAGAAUACCAUGAGCAAGAAGAAAUUUUUAAACUGAGACUCGGACACCUGAAGAAGGAGGAAGCGGAGAUUCAAGUGGAGCUGGAACGGUUGGAGCGCGUGCGUAAUCUUCACAUCCGAGAGCUCAAGAGAAUUCACAAUGAAGAUAACUCCCAGUUUAAAGAUCAUCCUACGCUAAAUGACCGUUACCUGCUCUUGCAUCUGCUGGGCAGAGGAGGCUUCAGUGAGGUAUACAAGGCCUUUGAUUUGACUGAGCAGAGGUACGUGGCUGUGAAAAUUCACCAGCUUAAUAAGAACUGGAGAGAUGAAAAGAAAGAGAACUAUCACAAGCAUGCCUGUCGAGAAUAUAGGAUCCAUAAAGAACUGGACCAUCCCAGAAUAGUCAAACUGUAUGACUACUUCUCCCUGGAUACUGACUCAUUCUGCACUGUUCUGGAGUACUGUGAGGGGAACGAUCUGGAUUUCUACCUGAAGCAGCACAAGCUAAUGUCAGAGAAAGAGGCCCGAUCCAUCAUAAUGCAGGUCGUCAAUGCUCUUAAGUACCUAAAUGAGAUCCGCCCACCAAUCAUCCAUUACGACCUCAAACCAGGUAACAUCCUGCUGGUGAAUGGCACAGCAUGUGGAGAGAUAAAAAUCACAGACUUUGGGCUGUCCAAGAUCAUGGACGACGACAACUAUGGGGUGGACGGCAUGGAGUUGACGUCACAGGGGGCGGGGACAUACUGGUAUCUUCCCCCAGAAUGCUUUGUGGUUGGAAAAGAGCCACCUAAGAUCUCUAACAAAGUGGAUGUUUGGUCCGUUGGAGUCAUCUUUUACCAGUGCCUCUAUGGGAAGAAGCCGUUCGGUCAUAAUCAAUCCCAACAGGACAUCCUCCAGGAGAACACUAUUCUCAAAGCCACAGAGGUGCAGUUUCCUCCCAAACCAGGAGUCUCGCCUGAAGCUAAGGCCUUCAUUCGCAGAUGUUUGGUGUACCGUAAGGAGGAUCGUAUUGACGUUCACCAGCUAGCCAGUGAUCCCUACCUCCUCCCACACAUACGCAAGUCAGUGGCUGCCACCGGUAACAACAGCAUGGCCGUCGCCUCCACCUCCAGCUCCUCCAACAGCAGCGCCUCAAAUUGAGAGCCCCGUCCAUCCUCGCUUGUUUUGAUGGAAGGAAGGGUUGUAGGGCAUUUGCAUUUUGCCCCGCCCCUCUCUGCAGUGUAGUGGGAGGGGUCUCGAACCCCUUACCUGCCAAACGAGGGAGCAGGAGGAAAGAGUAAGAGAGGGAUUAAGACGAGACGCAUCCCCCUCCACCCUUUUUCCUCUCCCAGGCAUCUGGAGGGUUGUUUUGUUUUUAUUUAAUGUUUUUUGGAUGGGUGGGGACUAAAAAGCGCCCCCUAGUGUGAGACAGAGCGAGAGGAAUUCAAAAUAAGGGUGUAUUACAUGAGAAGGACUGAACUGCAAUGGCUCAGACUGAUGGGAGAGACUGGUAUAUGCCCUGCACCCCACAAUACACAAAUACAUGCAUACACA